AUGGCCUGGGUGCCCGCGGUGGCCACGUCUAGGCGGCCGGUCCUGGCCUGGGUGGGCCUUCCCAGCCAACCAGCGUCGGCCAUUGCUGAUCAACAACUGUGGACAGUCAUAGCAACCGAGAGAGAUCAGCUUGAAAUAGAUACUCUGAAGGAUAUAGGAUCGAACAUCCUUGGCAGAUGCGGUGGUUUACCUCUUGCUAUCAAAGUGAUAGGAGGAUUAUUGCGACAAAGGUCUAUAAACAUAGUUGAGUGGGAGAGGGUUUUAGAAAAUCCUGCAUGGUCUAUUGAUAGAAUGCCCGAAGAGCUAAACCAUGCACUAUACCUGAGUUAUGAUGAUCUACCUCCUCAUUUGAAGCAAUGCUUGAUUUACUACUCACUUAUCCCACAAAAAACAAACAUUAGUCCUGAUCAACUGAUUCAAAUGUGGAUUAGUGAAGGAUUGGUGAGCAGUAGACACUCAGAUGACCUGGAACAGAUAGGAAGAGAUUACAACAAAGAGUUGAUCAUGAGGAACCUUAUACAACCAUGUGGAGUAAUUCAUGAUGUUGUUCGCUCAUUUUGCCAGUAUAUGGUUAGAGAUGAAGCACUGGUGGCUCGUAUGGGGGAAGGUGGUAUUGGUAGCAGUCUUCUUUCACACAAGUUUCGUUUUCUGUCUGUUGGAGUGGAGUCAGGUUCAGAUGAACGACUGGAGUGGAGCGUUCUACAAAAUCAGAGUUCGUUGAGAACAUUAAUAUCUUGUUGCCCUAUCAGGUUUAAGCAUAAUGAUUCUUUGAGUAGAUUAUCCAGACUACGCACAAUACAUUUAGAGAAUGCAGAUUUUAUUCCAUUAUUAGCAGACCAUCUGGGAGAACUGAAGCUCUUAAGGUACUUGACCAUAGAAAGUACUCAAAUAUGUAGUCUACCAGAUACAAUUGGCCAAUUGAAGUUUUUGCAGCAUAUUGGCCUUAGUGGUUGUGAGAAAAUGGUACGACUUCCUAAUGGCAUUGUAAAGUUAAAGCAGCUGCGGUCUGUUUAUCUCGGUGAAGCGGUAAAUAUUAUACCAAAGAAAUUUGGUGAGCUGACAAACUUGAGGAAAAUACUGAACUUUCCAGCCAACAUGGAUGGUGGUGCAAAUGGUUGGUGUACUUUGGAAGAGCUAGGUCCUCUUUCUCAGCUUAGGGAUCUUUCACUGAAGGGGUUGGAGAAUGUACAUCCCAGCUCCUUAGCUGCAAAGGCCAUGCUACGUAGCAAGAAGCACCUUGGCCGCUUGGCCUUGAAGUGCAGCAGUAUAAUAGAAGAUGACGGCGGGUCAGUCAAAAGAGUUGUCACAGAGGAGGAGGAGCGGCACAUUGAGGAGGUAUUUGCUGAGCUUUGUCCUCCAGGUUGCAUAAAUCAUUUGACCAUUGAUGGAUAUUUUGGGCGUCGACUUCCAGAAUGGGUUAUGUCAAUGACAGGAGUGUCUCUGGAGAGGCUGCGGAUUUUGGAACUGUCGAAUCUUGCUCUUUGUACCCAGCUCCCCAAUGGCUUGUGUCAGCUUCCCUGUUUAGAGAUAUUGAUUGUUCUUCAUGCUCCAGCCAUCAAGCAUGUUGGCCCAGAAUUGAUGCGCCACACCCACAAGCACAAUAAUAAGCGCCAUUCCCGUGUGUCGGUAUCAUUCCCAAGUUUGAAAAAAUUGAUCUUCAUCGAAAUGGUUCGCUGGGAGGAGUGGGAGUGGGAGUGCGAGGAGCUGCUUGAAGCCAUGCCAGUCUUGUUGGAACUCACACUCGACAAUUGCAGAUCACUGACACGACUUCCACCUGGACUUUCCUACCAUGCAAGGGCGCUCAAGAUGUUGAAUCUGAGCGAUGUUCAUUGGCUUUCCUACCUGGAAAACCUUCCUUGUGUCGUUGAACUUAGCCUGAAGUGCUGCCACAGUCUAAAGAGAAUCACCAACCUCCCAAGUUUGCAGAAGCUUGUCAUCAGUUGCUGCUCGCGACUGUCUGUCUUAGAGGCUGUCCCAGCACUUAGAUACCUUAAUCUGCAGAGUUCCAGCAUGAGAAUACUCCCAAGAUACCUGCGGGGUCUCAACCUCACCCGUUUGUACCUGUGCUGUGACCUACCGCUGCUCUGUUCAAUGGCUUUGGGAAAAUCCACCUACGACUGGAAUAAGUUCUGCCAUAUCCGUCGUGUGGAGGCCUAUACCCAUAAUGGUCCAAAUGGAAUUUUCACAGUCACGUAUACAAGGGAUCCUCGCUACCUGGAGACCAAUAUCAGCAGCGCCCUCUUCAAUCUGCUGUGGUAA